GUCAACCAUUUUUAAAGAACGAAAUCAAAGUAUAGGAGAAGGUUUUAGGCCGGAGUUAAAAGGAGUGAUCUGGAUCCGCCGGCGACGGAAGCAGCAUCAGCACACUCGUCUCAUUUCUUUUCACCGGAAAUAAGAAAAAAAGCAAUUCUCUGUAGGAAAAGGGGAAAAUGGAAGCCAAGUUUUUUCGGUUCUUGAAGAUAGUUGGAGUUGGAUACAAAGCCAGAGCUGAGGAAGCAGGACGUUUCUUAUACCUCAAAUUGGGUUACAGUCACGAAGUCGAACUUGCGGUUCCUCCAGCAGUUCGGGUCUUCUGUUUUAAGAACAAUGUGGUUUGCUGCACCGGAAUCGACAAGCAAAGAGUGCAUCAGUUUGCUGCAACAGUAAGGAGUUGCAAACCUCCUGAACCUUAUAAGGGCAAAGGCAUAAUGUACAUUGACGAAGUUGUCAAGAAGAAGCAAGGAAAGAAGUCGAAAUGAUCUCUCUCUCUCUCUCUCUCUCUCUCUCUCUCUCUUUAUAUGCAGAGGCAACUUUCACCUUUUUGUGGUAGAGUAUGUGGUUGGAUUUGCUUAUCAAUAAGUUUUAUUUGGAUGUAUGAAACAUCAUUUUGUUGUUAAGUCUCUUUCAAUUAAACAAGAUGAGAAGA